AAAGGGAGAAGAACGCACUGUAGCAACCAGGGGCAAGGCUACUCAAGGAGAGUAGGAGGAGGCUAGGUCAGGAAGGGCAAGCACUGGUGGCCUACCCAGGACUUGGCCCAAACCUCUGGGUCAGGUCACCCUCCUCGGAGUGAGCGGACCCCGCUGGAAUUGGAGCCCAGUAAGGUCUAUGAGUUUGGUGUUUUGAUCCUGGCUACCCAUCCCUUCCAUCCCAGGGGUGGUUCACCAGGCUGAGUGGAGCCUUAUACUAGUGAGAGAGGAAGCUGAAGAACUGGGCUCCAGGGACUGUGAGGGGCGCUUCUGACUUUGGACUUGAGCACUGCCUGGGACCUGUGCUGAGAGAGCGCUAGCAUGUCUCAGUGGAAUCAAGUCCAACAGUUAGAAAUCAAGUUUUUGGAGCAGGUGGAUCAAUUCUAUGAUGACAACUUUCCCAUGGAAAUUCGGCAUCUGUUGGCCCAGUGGAUUGAAAAUCAAGACUGGGAGGCAGCUUCUAACAAUGAAACCAUGGCAACGAUUCUUCUUCAAAACUUGUUAAUACAACUGGAUGAACAGUUAGGUCGUGUUUCCAAAGAGAAAAACCUACUCUUGAUACACAAUCUAAAAAGAAUUAGGAAGGUCCUUCAGGGAAAAUUUCAUGGAAAUCCAAUGCAUGUAGCUGUGGUUAUUUCAAACUGUUUAAGGGAAGAGAGGAGAAUAUUGGCUGCAGCCAACAUGCCUGUCCAGGGGCCUCUAGAGAAAUCCUUACAAAGUUCUUCAGUUUCAGAAAGACAGAGGAAUGUGGAGCACAAAGUGGCUGCCAUUAAAAACAGUGUGCAGAUGACAGAACAAGAUACCAAAUACUUAGAAGAUCUGCAAGACGAAUUUGACUACAGGUAUAAAACAAUUCAGACAAUGGUUGUAAGUGAAAAGAAAAAUACAAGGGAAACAAGCUGUUAUAUCCUUGGUGAAGACGGGAAAGAUCAGAGUGACAAGAAUAGUGCCAUGGUGAAUCAGGAAGUUUUGACACUGCAGGAAAUGCUUAACAGCCUCGAUUUCAAGAGAAAGGAGGCUCUCAGUAAAAUGACCCAAAUCAUCCAUGAGACAGACCUGUUAAUGAACACCAUGCUCAUAGAAGAGCUGCAAGACUGGAAGCGGCGGCAGCAAAUAGCCUGCAUCGGGGGUCCACUCCACAAUGGGCUCGACCAGCUUCAGAACUGCUUUACACUAUUGGCAGAAAGUCUUUUCCAACUGAGAAGGCAAUUGGAGAAACUAGAGGAGCAAUCUACCAAAAUGACAUAUGAAGGUGAUCCCAUUCCAAUGCAAAGAACUCACAUGCUAGAAAGAGUCACCUUCUUGAUCUACAACCUUUUCAAGAACUCAUUUGUGGUUGAGCGACAGCCAUGUAUGCCAACCCACCCUCAGAGGCCGUUGGUACUUAAAACCCUAAUUCAGUUCACUGUAAAACUAAGGCUACUAAUAAAAUUGCCAGAACUAAACUAUCAGGUAAAGGUUAAGGCAUCAAUUGACAAGAAUGUUUCAACUCUAAGCAACCGAAGAUUUGUACUUUGUGGAACUAAUGUCAAAGCUAUGUCUAUUGAAGAAUCUUCCAAUGGGAGUCUCUCAGUAGAAUUUCGACAUUUGCAACCAAAGGAAAUGAAGUCCAGUGCUGGAGGUAAAGGAAAUGAGGGCUGUCACAUGGUGACUGAAGAACUUCAUUCCAUAACAUUUGAAACACAGAUCUGCCUCUAUGGCCUGACCAUAGAUUUGGAGACCAGCUCAUUGCCUGUGGUGAUGAUUUCCAAUGUCAGUCAGUUACCUAAUGCUUGGGCAUCCAUCAUUUGGUACAACGUGUCAACCAACGAUUCCCAGAACUUGGUUUUCUUUAAUAAUCCUCCACCUGCCACAUUGAGUCAACUACUGGAGGUGAUGAGCUGGCAGUUUUCAUCGUACGUUGGUCGUGGUCUUAACUCAGAUCAACUCCAUAUGCUGGCAGAGAAGCUUACAGUCCAAUCUAGCUACAGUGAUGGUCACCUCACCUGGGCCAAGUUCUGCAAGGAACAUUUACCUGGUAAAUCAUUUACCUUUUGGACAUGGCUUGAAGCAAUAUUGGAUCUAAUUAAGAAACACAUUCUUCCCCUUUGGAUUGAUGGGUAUGUCAUGGGCUUUGUUAGCAAAGAGAAGGAACGGCUGUUGCUAAAGGAUAAAAUGCCUGGCACCUUUUUAUUAAGAUUCAGUGAAAGCCAUCUCGGAGGAAUAACUUUCACCUGGGUGGACCAUUCUGAAAGUGGGGAAGUGAGAUUCCACUCUGUAGAACCCUACAAUAAAGGCCGGUUGUCUGCUCUGCCAUUCGCUGACAUCCUGCGAGACUACAAAGUUAUUAUGGCUGAAAACAUUCCUGAAAACCCUCUGAAGUAUCUAUAUCCUGACAUUCCCAAAGACAAAGCCUUCGGUAAACACUACAGCUCUCAGCCUUGCGAAGUUUCAAGACCAACAGAAAGGGGUGACAAAGGUUAUGUUCCUUCUGUUUUUAUCCCCAUCUCAACAAUCCGAAGUGAUUCAACGGAGCCACAUUCUCCAUCAGACCUUCUUCCCAUGUCUCCAAGUGUGUAUGCGGUGUUGAGAGAAAACCUGAGUCCCACAACAAUUGAAACUGCAAUGAAGUCUCCUUAUUCUGCUGAAUGACAGGAUAAACUCUGACACACCAAGAAAGGAAGCAAAUGAAAAAGUUUAAAGACUGUUCUUUGCCCAAUAACCACAUUUUAUUUCUUCAGCUUUGUAAAUACCACGUUCUAGGAAAUGUUUGACAUCUGAAGCUCUCUUCACACUCCCGUGGCACUCCCCAAUUGGGAGUGUUGUGACUGAAAUGCUUGAAACCAAAGCUUCAGAUAAACUUGCAAGAUAAGACAACUUUAAGAAACCAGUGUUAAUAACAAUAUUAACAGAAGA